AUGCCAAAUGUAUUGUCAACAGGAUAUGCCAAAGAAAAUGCAAAAAAAGAAAAAAUACAACAAAAAUUAACUGAAGAAAGAAAAUUGAAAUGGAGACAUUGGUCUUUAUCAACUUUACCAGAUGAGCCAUCCGAAUCUGAUAAAAAUGUAGCAAGGUUAAGUUUUGGACUUGCCAAUAAGUUUGAAUAUCAUGUAGAUAAAGAUAAAACUAUAAAAAAUGAAAAGGAUCUUUGGCCAAGUGCUAAUCUUAUUGUAGAAUCACUUGCAAUUGAUAAGGUUGUUAAUCAGUGUUGUAAUAUUUUGGGUUUUUUAUAG